AUGAUCAACAGAACGGUGUCAAAGCUAGAUGCAACACCAACCAAUCAGUGUAUAAUGACAGACCCCGACACAACCAGUCAACAGCCACCACAGCCAUCACAAUUGCCCCUACUGCCAUCCAAAAACCAAGAGCAAGAAGAAUACACCAAAUUGGUCAAUUCACUCCCCACGCGAUGGGAAAUUGAACUUGAGUUUGUACAAUCAUUAAGCAACAUCCCCUACCUCAGCUAUCUUGCCCAAAACAAUUAUCUUCAAGACCGCUGUUUUGUCAAUUACUUGAAGUACUUGCAGUACUGGAGUGAGCCCCAGUACCUGCGAUAUUUAGUGUACCCUAAUUGUUUACAUAUAUUAUCCUUGUUGCAACUGGAGCAAUUUAGGCGAGAUAUAACCAAUCCGGAGAUUAUGAAUGUGUUGAUGAAUGACAUGGUAAAGAGGUGGCAGGAAGGUGGGGAUGGCGGCGUAUCAGAUAUGAAAGAUGGUGUUGCCAAUGGAGAGGAGGAACUGCAAUGCAAUACGGUUGAAGUGGGAUCGAAAGGAUUCCACAGAAAAAAUGGAGCAGAGAAUGCUGUUGAGACCAUCAAGGAGGAAAAUGAAGAUGUUGAGCAGAAUGGUUUCGAUGCAAAGACCGAGAAAGAAGCAGAUGGCGACGUUAAAAUCAUAGAGUAG